CCGUGACGUGAAGGUCGGGAGGAGGUGCGAGGCCGCGCAGCGGAGCUUAUUGCCGGAACUGGAACGGUCUGCUGGGCCCCCGGCGCGCGGGCUCUUCGGGGCUGGCAGGUGUGCAGCGAGUGCAUCUGGGAAGUGAUGGCGCCAGGCGCGGGCGACCCGGGGUAGCGCUGGCGAGACGGCGGGGCCCGGCCCGGGCAGCGAUGGGGCUCCUUCGCCUGCUGCUUAUUGUGGUGCUGGCUUCGGUAACCCCGGCGGCCGGCGGAGCUGAGAUCGUCGGAAACUCCAGCGAGGGUCUUCUGGAAUUUUCUGUGGGGAAAUUUAGAUACCUGGAGCUCAAGAAGCCCUUUCCAGAGGAAGCUAUUUUGCGUCAUAUUUCCAGCAAUGUCACUUUUGUUAUUUUCCAAAUACACUCACAGUAUCAGAAUACAACAAUUUCUUUUUCUGAGACUCUCCUUCCUAAUGCCUCGGUGACGGGCACUGACAAAGGACUGGUUUCCAUUCUUAGACCAGAGCAGAGUAUGUGCACUUGGCACUUGGAGACAUUAGACCCUGAGCCUGUCCAAAAUGUGGCCAUUCCACUGUCCUACUCGGAAAGCGAUCCUAUCCCUGGUGGCUGUAAUUUGGAGUUUGAUGUAGAUAUCGAUCCAAACAUUUACUUGGAGUAUAAUUUCUUUGAAACAACUAUCAAAUUUGCGCCAGCAAACCUAGGCUAUGCGAGAGGUGCAGAUCCUCCAUCAUGUGACGUCAAGACGGGCCCGGACUCCAGGUGGAGGUUGCAGUAUGAUGUCUAUCAGUAUUUUCUGCCCGAGAACGACCUCACAGAAGAGGUGUUGCUGAGACAUCUGCAGAGGAUGGCCGAGGUGCCUCAGGUGCAGGCCAAUGCUGUCAAGGUGGUCACCCUAACAGCUGACGAUAAGACAAGUGUUUCCUUCUCCUCUCUCCGGGGACAGGGUGUCAUUUACAAUGUCAUCGUUCGGGAUCCAUUUCUAAACACAUCCACGGCUUACGUGCCCACUCACACGUACGCUUGCAGCUUUGAGGCAGAGGAGGGUAAUUGUUCCUCCCUUGGAAGAGUAUCUACCAAAGUCUUCUUCACUCUUUUUGCCCUGCUUGGCCUCUUCAUCUGUUUCUUUGGACACAGAUUCUGGAAAACAGAACUAUUCUUUAUAGGCUUUAUCUUCGUGGGAUUCUUCUUUUAUAUACUGAUUACAAGACUGACACCUAUUAAGUAUGAUGUCCGCCUGAUUGUGACAGCCGUCGCUGGAAGCAUCGGUGGAAUUUUCUUGGUAGCUGCUUGGUGGCGAUUUGGAGUCCUUACGCUCUGCAUGCUGUGUGUUGGACUGCUGCUGGGCUUCCUCGUCGCGUCAGUGGUUUUCUUCACUCCCCUGGGAAACCUAAAGAUUUUCCGUGUCGACGCAGUAUUCUGGGUGACCUUCUCUUGUAUAGCCAUUUUCAUUCCAGUGGUUUUCAUGGGCUGCUUAAGAAUACUGAACAUACUGAGCUGUGGAUUCAUUGGCUCCUAUUUGGUGGUCUUGGCCGUGGACAGUUACCUGUACACAAGCCUUUCUUACAUCACUUUGAACAUACUCAGGAGAGCACUCCAUGUGGAUUUCCGCAGAGCUUUCAUGAAUGUGCCUUUUCAAACGAACGACUUUAUUGUCCUGGCAGUAUGGGGGAUGCUGGCUGUAAGUGGAAUUACGCUACAGAUUCGAAGAGAAAGAGGGCAGCCGUUUUUCCCUCCCCACCCAUACAAAUUGUGGAAGCGAGAGCGUGAGCGGAGAGUGACGAACAUUCUGGACCCCAGCCACCACAUCCCUCCACUAAGAGAGCGACUCUUCAGCCAAUUAGCCCAGAUCAAAGGGCUCUUCCAGAGGGAACAGCCAGCGGGAGAGAGAACGCCCCUGCUUCUGUAGAUGCCAGAAUGCUUGGUCAGGGCAAUAUAGAAGUACAACCCAGGUACCAUCUCAGGUUCAGUGAUGCUGCCUGGCUGCUUCAGCAGUCUCUGGGGCAAAUCUGCUAAGAAACCGGCUCUGCAUCUGUGCUUUGUACAGUACUGUGGUCUCUUUAUUGAAAGAGGGUAAGGGCAUGCCUGGGAGAUGACAAUAAUUCUAAGUGAGAGUGAGAAAGGUGGUCAUAAUGUUGGUGGUAAGGAGGUUUUUCUUUAUUACCAAAUGCUUAAGAAAUUACAUUUUUGAUUUAUAAGCUAUGUGUCAACUUACUCCAUUAAGUAGAUACACUUUUUAAAAAAUUAAAAAUUAAUUUUUGUUCUGUAAAGCCAUGGUGGGUUUUUUGUCUUCUGCUUUUUUUUUUUUUUGUAACUUCUUGAACAAUUCUCUCACCUAAGUCUGUCUAAACUUGGGGACCAGGGCACGGAGGGCAGUUUUAUUUAAAUAAAUUUUUAUUUGCCACUGUGUUUGUAGUUUUGGGGAUUUGGUAUCGCACCUUUGAACUUCAGAGUACAAAGUGGGGAGAACUAACUUAUUUUCUGACUACAAGCAAUCUGAUUACUUAGUUGCACAUAAAUAUCAUAUAUUAUCAAAAAUUACCCUUUUGUUUAUCUUUGUGAUAAAAUACAUAUUUACCCUAUCGAUCAUUUUUAAGUGUAUAUAUAGUUCAGUUGGUACUCCUCAUCUUUGCCCUUUAUUGCUUAAAAUAGUAAUUUAAAUAGCUGAAAUAUUUCAAUCAUUUGAAAAGAGGUCAAUUUAUGUAGAUAAUAAAGUUCUUAUAUGGAUGACUUAUUUAUAUUCCAGAUAAAAAAUUACUUUUUUUCCUUUCAAAACCUUUUAAAAUAGUUUUGACAGCCGAUUUCUAAUUUAAACUGCAUUCAAUGACAUAUAAAUUGUUUUAUUUUGGGGAGAUAAAUUGGCCCCUAGCUUCAUCUAUAGUCCCAUUAAUAAAGAAACCUUUAAAAUAUUUGCGUUUUGUAGUUCUUUCUGCUAAAUUAGUUAUUAGAGCAUUGGUACAACUUCAAAAAUAUCAGUAUGAAGGCUUUGUCCUAUCUGUGUUGUGAACUGGUGAGGAGAGAGAAAGGAUUUAGGUGUUGAAUAAAGCUGCUUUCAAUGAGGGCCCUGGAUUCUGUAAGAAGAGUCCCUUCAGUUCUGACUUUGUUGCACCGCAGGAAAGCGCCCAGAUGCCCUGGGCCGCAUCCUUGCUCCUUGUGGCCUUCUAACAACUGUCAGAGUCUCUGCCAGGGUUCUACCUUGUAUCUGAAGCUGGUGACUGAGAUGCCUGAGUAGCUGUGAGGUUGGUUAUGGUUGCCCUACUCCUAUUUGUGAGUUAACCACUAUUUAAACGAUGCUGCUUUUACCGGUUUUUCAAUAUACAAUAGGUUUUUGAUGCUUCCGGUAACUGGAGACUUUUCAGCUUUGCUCUUAAAAGUGUUAUGGAAAG